AAAAAAAGAGAGAAAGAAACAUAUUGUUUCCGAUGGCUCUGCGUGGAGAUGAGUCUGAGUUUAUGAACCUAAGAGAAUGGGAUCGAAGAGCUCGAUUAAUCCGAGAAAAACAGACUUCUAGAAGGUUUUCUGCUUCAUACAUUGGAAGCUUCCGAGAAGAUCAUCACAAGUCUUCUUCUACUAGAACAAACUUUAACAUCUCUAGUACUGCCUCAUCUCCUGGUUACACUCUCAAAGAAGAGAUUGAUCCAUCAACAUAUUCCUUCACCAAUGCACUCAAGGCAUUACAAGCGAAGACAAUGUUCAAUAACAGAGAUUGGUUAACACAAGAAGGGUUUGCUUUGAACUCGAAGUGGAAUGAAGCAGAGAAAUAUAUAUGCAAUCCAUUAUCUGGAGAAGUUCCAAUGGAGUGUUUGUCUUAUAAAACAUUAAGUUCAAGAUCUUUCAGAAACUUGACCACCACCAUGUCUCCUCCUCUUCACUACCCUGACCCCAAUCCAUCGACAAAUAUUGGUCAAAACAAACCCAAUAAUUAUCCUAACGUUAGAGUCAUUCACGAGGAUCUUUAUGCUCCUGGUGCUGUUCUUGUUCGAGUAGAAAAGAAAGCUAUGGGGCUGAAACGAGAUGUGGGUACGUCGGUGGAUCUUAGCUCCGGUAGCCCUAGUCCGGCAAAGACGCCUCCGAUCAUGGAACGGUCUCUGAAACGACACGUGGAAGCUAAUGAUUCGCCAAUAGAUUUCAAUAUCAAAUUGGAAAGUCAACAAGAGGAUAUGAAAUUGGAAGAGAUAGAGAAAGAAGAAGAGAAGCAAGAGAAGAGUAAAGAAGAAGAGAAACAAGAGAUGACUCAGAUGAGUAAAGAAGAAGGAGACGAGAAUCAAGAGAUAAGUGAAGAAGAAGAAACAAAGAAGCACAAGAGAGGAAGUGGAUGCUUCUCAUGGGUGAGAUCAGGACAAAGACAAGCAAGAAAAUCAAAGUACAUCUUCCCAAUUUGUGUUCCUCAUCUUGUCAAUGGUUGUUGAAAAACCACAAAACAUAAGAGAAUAAUCAACAAACAACAAGAAAGAAAUAAAAAUGUUUGCAGGAAAUAAAAAUGUUUCACCACCUAUUUUCUAUGAUCAUAACAAGAUUACAUAUAGAUUCAUCAUUCAUGGGAGUCUCAAAAGCUUUAACUAUUCUUUUCCUUCCCUUUUCUCUGUAACAAAUGCUUCUCAGCCUUCUCUCUUGAGUCCCUUUUGUGCUUAACUAG